AUGACGUCGUCACGGACCGGACGUGGGUCCGGGCGUGGGUCCGGGCGGCGGUCCGGCGCUUCCAACGAGUUGUACGGGGCGUCACGGGCACUACAGCGGGCGGUGACUGUCCAGCACCUGCGCGCCGCCAUGGGGCUGGCCGAGUCGUCGUCGAUGCGCCUGCAUCCAUACCUGCUCAAGGCUGCUCUUCCGUCAUGGCUGCAGCAUGCGUGCCUCUCGCGCAACGCGUUGGCGGCCCAUGCUGCGGGCACAUAUCCCCGCGACGCCGCGCGUGCUCUCCUCCGCCUCGCGGCCGACACCCUUGUCGCCGCACUCGGCGCGGGCUUGGAGAUCGGGCCGCUCGCCACCGCCGCCGCCGCCGUUCUCGCUCAUCCGCGAGCUCCAGUCUACGCAUCGGACCCUGAAGGGGGGCCAGACCUGGUCUCGGUCUCUGACUCGGACGAGUCAUCCGACUCGGACUCGCCGCUGCCGCCAUCGUCGGCCACCACAUACUCGGCCCAGUCGGUGGCGCUCGAAUGGCUGACCGGCGACGUCGUCGCUGCCCUUGCAUCCCGCCUCGACUCGGAUGCCGCGUCCGAUGGUGAUGGCGAUGGCGAUGGCGACUCGCAGCCGCUCCCGCCACCGUCGCUGGAGACGCUCGCCGGCGUCGCCCGGCUCCUUGUCCGCACCUACGUCUACGUCGACUCGAACGCAUGGUCGACGGUGUGGACGGGCGGCCUGGCCACGGUAGCGACGGGGCUCAUGACCCAUGUUCUCCGUACCUCAGAUGCUGGCAUUCCAUUCCGGCGCCUCCGGCCGAUCGAGACCAACCUGACUGCUGUGCUCGAGGCCGCACUCGGCACCGAAGGCGCCACUGAGUUCAUGGUCGACGCUGCCCUCAGCACGGCCGUCGACGCCUUUGCGCCGUCAAAUGACUUGCGGGAGCGGCUCUCGGGCCUCACUACCCUCGUCUCGUUUGUCGAGGCGCUCCAGGCCGGCGUCGCACCGGAGCGGGUCUUCACCCCACCUGUUCCGGCGAAGCACCUGCUCGACGUUCUCGAGCGCGGCAAGGUGGUCGAAGGCCUGUUUGGCGUCGGCUUUCACUCGCGACUCAUCGCGCCAGGCUUUGCACUCUUCCGCUUCCUCGCAGAAGUUGGCAAGCUCGAACCGGCCCAUCUCUCGUCGCUCUGGGCUGCCGUCACCGGCAAGCACGAGUCGGUCCGGUCUACUCUGUUUGACGGUUUGCUCUCCCUUGUCCCAUGCCUCUCGCGCGCAGAAGUCGACGUCCUCUACCCGCUCAUUGUGGCGACACCACCGGGCGAGCUCGACGCGCUGGCCAUCGAGUUUGUGGCCCAGUUCGCUGCGCUUGUCGCCGCAGGCCUUGCCGCCCGCGCCGAAGCCUCGCUCGCUUACGGCCUUGACUACCUCUGGUCGCUCAUCAUCGAGCCGGGAAGUGUCUCAGCGGCACUGGUGGCGGUUGCCUCGGACGCCUUUGUCGGCCUUCUCUCGCAGCGGGUCUUUCUCGCCCGGCGGAAGCAGUACCUUGAGGCCGCCAUCGGCAACGUCACGGCAGGCCGGUCUGUUCCGGCCUCGCUUCGGUUCUUUGUCUCGCUCCUCAAGACCUUUCCGGCCUCGGGCUCUCGAUUCACCACCUCGGCCUCGUCGCUCAUCAAGACACUCAACGACUCGCAUGACCUCCUGGGCACGCUCCUGGACAACGCCGUCACAUUUGCUACCAUGCCGGGAGCCGAGCUCCCGCCGCCGUUCUCGCGGGCUGAGCACGUGGCGGCACGCCUCGACGCGCUGUACUUUAUCCUGCUCUCGUCGUCGCUCACCAUGACCAAAGCUCACGUCGAUGCCUUCUGGCGCGCGUUUGUCACGGGCGCCACCUGCCAGGCCGAGCGCGCCGCCACCCUCGAGUGGUUGCAUCGGACACGCGUUGGUCGAUGCGACUCGGACUCGAGCUUUGUGGCGUUUGACGAGAAAGUUUCUCGCUACGUUUUCCAGUCCAAGAUGCUCGACACCAUGGACGUGGCAUGGCUUAACCCACCGGGUUACGCGCUCUUCCAGCGCUACUUUGUCUCGGUCAACACCGCCAACUCGUCGAUCGAGCUCGUCGAUGACGGCACCGGCUCGGUUCCUUACCGCCUCAAGAAACCCAAGAAAGCGGUCGGCCUCCCGUACCUGUGGGACAUUAUCUUACUCAACCAAGACGACGAGGUGUGGAGCCUUGCGCUCGAUUGCCUGGCUUCGCUCUACCACAACAUCCCGAGCCGCAAGCGCAAGCUGCGCGCCUCCUUUUAUGGCCUCGCCAUCCAGCAUCUUGGUAAUGCUCCGAACGAGGGCGUCAUCUGUCGGGUACUCGCUAUCCUUAUAGCGCUGGCCAAACCCGAGUCGUCGUCGACGACGUCGGUCGGCGGCGCCAACGCUUCGCCGGCGCCACUCCGCCCACCGCUUGCACUCCACAUUGUAGCUCCGGCACAUGAUCCGCCGGCCCGGUUCAGAAUCCGCGCUCGUGGCAGCCUCCGUCUCGGUGGCCUCCGCACCGCCAUCGCGCGCCGGCUCAACCUUCCGUCGUGGUCGCACUCGCUGCUCAAGCUCGUCUCGGGCGGCCGCGAGCUUGCACCGGCUGACGAUCAAGCCUUUCUUGCCGAGCUCGAUCUCGAACCGGCAGCGGUGGUGUACGCGUUGGAUCCACCGCCCAAGACGUUGCGUGCCGGCCCUGAGGCGCUCGCGUCCGCCGCCUCGCCGCGGUCGUCGCGCGAUGCUCCGCAUGGUGUGGUGCUCUCGCCGCUCGAAGUGCCGCCGCCAAAUAGCAGCGGCGGCGGAGGUCUCCGCCGCUCGCUCUCCAACUCGUCGUCGCUCUCAGAGUACUUUUUGGGCUCGGACCCAGAGGCGUCACCGUCAAUCUCAUCCGGCCUCUCUACGCCCGAACCUAUGUUUCAUGCGCUAGCGGCUCAUGGCGGCCAUGUCCUGACAUCGCCAGAGAACUUUGCCGUCUUUGCCUCGCUCCUCUCUCACUCGGAGCCGGUGGCCAAGCUCACGCUCGAGCUCCUCUCGCUUGUUCCGACCAACGCCACCAAGUUUGCUGCGUAUGAGGCGAUUAUGCGCGACUCGAACGGAGCCGUCUUAGAGUGGGCGGCAGAUCCAGACGAUCGGCUCGAGUUUACGCCAGCCCAGCGCGCGAGCCUCAGCCUGCCGACCUCGCACUGGGCUGAGCUCUUCCCCUCGGACGCCCCAUGGGUCCUUCUCUACUCGCUCCGGCUAGUGUGCUCCAUUCUCGACUCGGACGACGAGCCUGCGCGCGCGCUUGCAUGGUCGCGUGCCUUUGUGGUUCGCGGCGGGGUCUCAUGGCUGGUCAACAUCCUCGUCUCUGUUCUUCUCACGCCCGAGGCACAGCACUCGGCCGAGUGGAGGAGCCCGACCUCGCACAUUCUCCGGGUCCUCACGACUCUUGGCAUCGAGCUCCACGAUGUGUCGGCACACUCGCUCCGGCGGUCGCUGGCUGCUGUCAUCCCGACAGCGACUCUACCAGCCUCUGUGGAGGCAGGCACCAUGCUUGCCCAGCAGACUGUGGCCGACGGCGAGCUCCCGGUCCUCCGGCCCUCACUCCUUGCUUUUGCCGACAUCGACGGCGCAUCGCUCGUCUCGGUCUUGCUGGACAUUGUGCGGACCGAGGCGGGCGGAUCGAGCGAGCACUCUGCCGACGCUGUCCGCGUUGCCGACACCAUGUCGCUCCUGCUGGGCCUUGCCCUCGCCGAUCCCGGCCUUGCUGCUGCCUGGUUGGAGACGCCUGACCUCGGCGGGUGGCUGGAGGCGGCGGUGGUGCGAGCCGAGGCUCCAUCAAUUCGCGCUAUUGUUGCGCAUCGUGUUCACCAGCUGGCAGCGUGGAACGGUGGCGGAUUUGAUCGCGGAUGCGACGCGGCCUCCCCGCAGCAGCUCUUCCUCAACCUGGUUGUCGACAUGCUGCCUGCUGUGGCCGAGGCGCCGGCCAUGGCCGCGCAGUACUUUGUCCUCUUCCGCAACCUCAUUGAUGAUGCUGGCCACACAUCCGGUACCAGCCUUGCCGAUCUUAUCGACGUCGCCGACGUGGUUGAGCAGCUGCUCUCAUUUAUUGGGCCAGAACGGUCGGACGCGGCUCCCGCGUGCGAGGCCGUGGCGGUCGGAGUCUUUUCGGCUCUUGCUGCGCUCAUGCGCUCUCUGCCCGAGGUCAAGGCCGUUGACGGCCCACGAGUGCUGGAGCUUGUCAUGGGCCACUGCUUGUUUGGCGUAGAGGGCGAGCUGCCGCAUUGCAAAACGGCCGAAGCACGACGAGCCGGCUUUGCGCUGGUCAUCGAGCUCGCGCGCGGUUGCUCGACCAACCUCGGUAUGUUGCUGCGGACGGUACAGCAGUGCGUGUCUGCGGCGUCGGCGCUGGCUGCCUCGUCGUGGGCGUUUGAGCCUCGCAAGCUCGCCCGCGACGGGUGUGGCUACGUCGGUCUGAUCAAUCUCGGGGCAACGUGCUACAUGAACGCGACGCUGCAGCAGCUGUUCUGCCUCCAGCCGCUCCGCGACGGCCUGCUCUCUGCAGUCUCGACACUCCCGCACAAGGCCGCGACGGCGCUUCCAGUCUCGCCGCUGGUUUCGCCAUUGAUUGUCGAGCCGUCGCCGGCACCGCCGCAACCGGGGCAGCUCCUGUUUCGACUGCAGCACACGUUUGCGGCGCUCGCGCUCUCGCAGUACAAGUACUGGGAUACGAGUGCGCUGAUGGCGGUUAUGCCCGGGCUCGGUGGCGAGCCGCUCGACGUUGCCGUCCAGCAGGAUGCCAACGAGUUUCUCAACGUGCUCUUUGACUCGCUUGAGACUGCGCUCAAGGGCACCCCUCAGGCUGCGCUUGUCUCAUCGCUCUUUGCAGGUCGGCUCACGAACCAAAUCCUCUCGCAGGGCUGCGAACACACGUCGGAGCGCGACGAGCCGUUUUACACGCUCUCGUUGGAAAUCAAGAACAAGGCGAACCUUGCCGAGUCCCUCGAACUGUUUGUGCAGGGCGAGAUGCUCGACGGCGCCAACCAGUACAAGUGCUCCGCAUGCGACGCCCACGUCGACGCCAUCAAGCGACUGGUUAUUGCCGACCUGCCGCCGGUCCUUGUUCUCCACCUCAAGCGGUUUGACUUUGAUUUGAUGACGCUGACAAGGACUAAGAUCAACUCGCGGCUGGCGUACCCCCAUGAGCUGGACAUGGCGCCUUACAUGAUCGAAGAUCCUGAGCGCGAGCCGGGCGCUACUCAGUACCAGCUCCGUGGCGUGCUUGUGCAUCUCGGCUCGGCCGACUCGGGCCACUACUACUCGUUCAUCCGCACCGGAUCGGCCGAGUGGUUCGAAUUCAACGACACGCUUGUCGAGCCGUUUGACGCCCGUGAUUUGCCCGACGCCACCUUUGGCGGAGAACGGGUGCGGCCGGACGGCAAUCGGAUGCCGGCGACAUAUUCAGCGUACAUGCUUUUCUACGAGCGGGUUGGAUGGGUGCCUCCAGCAGUGGCAUCGCCGACGCCGGCGCGGCCGCGGGUGGCCAGCGCCGUUGCCGCCGCCGCCGCCGCCGCCGCCGGUGGUGUCAUCGCACCCCCGUCUCCACUCGGUGUCCCCGCGCUCGGCUUUCCGUCGUACUCGGAUGACGACGACGGUGAGAUAGAGGGCGAAGCUUACGACAGCAGCGACAGCGACGAUGGCGGUAGUGGUAGCGACAGCAGCGAAAGCUGCGCCAACGACGGCCCGGCGCCGGCUAGGUCGCAGAGCUCGUUUAGCUUUGACAGCUCGUCGGACGGUCCGGUGGGAAGCGAGCUCCCGCCGCGGGCUGUGCGCGAAGGCACUGCGGCGCCCGCGAACAUGCUUGAAGUGUUUGGGCAGGAGAUGGGCGCGGCGAACGCGGAGCUUGUUCGAGUCCAGUCUGUCUUUAACCGUGAGUUCUACGGCUUCAUGUGGGACAUGCUGCACCUCGAUGAGGUGGCCGGGACCAGCGCCGGUGGGACGACAAUUGAGCUCGAUUCACUGCGGCUCCCAGCGGGAGUGCUGCUGGGAACUGAGUUUGUGUUGUUUGUUCUUGCGCACGACGCGAGCAAGCCGCUGCUCAAUGAGUGGGUGGAGCACUUGCGACGGGCGUACUCGGGUAACCAGCACGCGCUGUUGUGGUGGCUCCGGCUCCUCGCGCAGCCACAUUCGAACCUUCUCGAGUCGCUAUUCUUGCGAUGUCCUGUCGACGGGGUGCGGCGAUUGGUGGUGGACCUGACGCGCGCGGCAGUGUCUACGGUCGCCGAUGGCGAGGACGCGGUUGGCGCUAGCGUGGGUGCGGACACCGAGUCCGGGGUGGUCGCCCGUGGGCGCGAGUGGGUGUCGACGGUGCUUGAGAAGCUGAUGCUGCUGCUGGACUCUGCGCUUACGCUCGCAGCACGUGAGAAGAGCUCAUUGGGCGCCGAAGACGCGCUGCUGCUGCUGCGAAACAUGCUCAGUGGGCACGACGCGCGCGAGCUUGCGCUCGGGCGGGGACUGGUCUCUGCGCUGGUGGCCAAGGUGCGUGGUCGAGCAUGGACGAGGCUUCGGCGGUCGGCCGCGGCGUACGCAGCCAUUCCGUACUCUGCGGGUGACUCGAGCCGGCGCAAGCGAGGCGAAGCGCUGGUGCGCAACGCGCUGCUGUGGAUGCUCUCGGAGCUGGUGCGGACGAUGUCGACCGGCGCGCCCGACAACCUCGGGCCGUCGCCAACCCAAAUGGCUGGUCCGCUGGUGGUUGUCGCCGAAGCCGAGCUGGCAGCAGUCUCCACCACAUCGACCUUGGAGGAGCUGGUCAAGGUGAUGGAGACCCGCGAGUCUCGCGAGUGUCCGGUCGCUGCCCUCCUUCUUCAUCUCGCCUGGGGCCACCGCGGCAUGACCAAGCGCCAGGUUAAGGCUGUCCGCAACGUACUCACCUACACCGUCGACGCCGGGCUCCGCUAUCUUGAGCAACUCCUCACUCUCGACGACGGAUAUGCCGACUGGCGGCGCGCACACAUCUGCAACGAGGAAUACGAGGCCAUGCAGGCCAUUGCCAAGGAACGUAACCCCAUGGCUCAUGCGGCUCGUUCUGCACACUCGGGCGGCGCGACAGGAGGCUUCCUUGCUGGGCUCAGGGCUCGCAUGGAGGCAGCAGAAGCCAGCGGAGGCGGCCCGGUGCCCGAGGAUGAGGACGGCGGCGAGCUGUCGCAGCAAGAGCCAGCCUCGUUUGCGCUGCACUUUGAGGCGUCGAUGGAGGCGGCACAGGCGCGCGAGAUGUCGCAGGCUCUUGCCGACGACUUGGCUGGCGUGUCGGUCUCGGAUGAUGAUGACGAGUUUGACGAGGCCAUGGCGGCGUACGAGGCCUCGCUGAUGGAGGCCGAGCCGGUGGCCACCCGCCCGUCGUUUUCCCGUCAGCCGAGCCUCAGGCCGGCGCCUAUUGUGCUCCCCUAUGCCAUUGAGAAGCCCGGUGGGUAUGGCACAGAAACUCUGGAGAUCACGGUGCCUGGCACGCUUGAGCAGUUGUACGUGGUCGGCAGCGGUUGCACGCUCGAUGGGAGCAGCGGCGGUAAGAGCGCGGCAAAGCUCUCGGCGGUGCAGGAGGCGCGGGCGAUGGCGCCGUCGGGCUCGCUGCUUGACGCGCCGAUCUCGGAGCUGAAGCUCAACUUGGAGAGCCGGGCCGCGGCACGGCUGGCAGCCGAGCUGGAGGAGCUCGAGGCCGAGGCGCAGGCACUGCGGGAAGGGCGACGCGGCCGGCCGGCAGCGAGGUGGAAGAAAGGCCGUGGCGCGGCGCCGGAGAGCGCGCUUUGGGUUGAUCACUACGCGCCGACCAAGUUUCGCGACUUGCUCUCGGACGACCGCAUCAACCGACGAGUCCUUCACUGGAUCAAGGAGUGGGACCCGCUGGUCUUCAAGCGGCAUGCUCCCAAGGCGCCGACGUUCAACGACUGGGGCCGCAAGCUCGACAAGGGCAAGGCUGCUGGCUUUAAGGCGUUUUCGGAUCGCAGCAAGUCUGAGGGCCGCGGCGGGAGUAAGGAGCGUGGCAGCGGCAGCGGCGGCGGGUCGGAGCCACCCGGCCGCGGCGAGACGCUGCUUGCGACGCGGCCGUACCACAAGGUGCUGCUACUUGCGGGACCGCCGGGUCUGGGCAAGACGUCAAUGGCGCACGUGCUUGCCAAGAUGGCCGGCUACAAUGUGGUGGAGAUCAACGCGUCGGACGACCGGACGGCCGCAGCGCUCAAGCUCCGGAUUUACAACGCAAUGGAGAUGCAGUCGAUGUUUGGCCCGGCCAAGCCGAACCUGAUUGUGGUCGACGAGAUCGACGGUUCGAUGGCCGGUGAGGCCGGGGCCAUCGGCGCGCUGGUUGACAUUGCAACGUCUAGCAAGCGGCCGCAGACCCGGCCGAUCAUCGCGAUUUGCAACAACCAGUAUGUGCCGGCGAUGUACCCUUUGCGCAAGAUUGCGCAGACGUUCACCUUCCGCAAGCCGCCCAAGGCCAAGCUGACUCGGCGGCUGGGCGAGAUCUGUGAGGCCGAGGGCCUGGUGGCCGACGCGCCGACGCUGACGCUGCUGGUCAACGCAACCGAGGCGGACAUUCGGGCGUGCGUCAACGCGCUACAGUUUGUGGCGACAAACACGCAGCUGGUGACGCCUGGUGCACUCGAGGAGGCUCUUGCAGGCACCAAGGACAUCGACCGGUCGCUCUUUGACGUGUGGACCGCCCUUUUUACUCUUCCUACCAAGAAGACCGAGAUCGCGGCGCUGCUGGCCAAGCGGCUCAACCGCGAUGCCGACGCGAUGGUCACUUCGAGGCGUGUGCUGGAUCCGGGGAUGGCGGCGGCAGCGGCACUUCGCGACGCGUCGAGUAAGUCGCGGGUGGGCAAAGUGGUGGCGCUGGUGAAUUCUGUCAGCGGCGAGAUGGGCAAGCUCAUCGACGGGCUCCACGAGAACUUUCUGGACGUGCCGUUCAACGACCCCAACCUCGACAAGACGCUCGCGGUGCUCAACCGGUUUGGCGCUUACGACCAGCUGAUGGCGCGCGCGAUGACCAACGCCUCGUUUGCGCUUGUCCGCUACGUGCCGUACGUGCCUGCCUACGUGCACAUGGUGUGCGCCGCCGGUACGGCGCCGCAUCUGACGUUUCCCUAUAUGGCGCGGACGGCGGCGCGGGUCUCGCGUGAGGUCGCGGCCUCGCUCGACACCAUGUACCGCGGCCUCUCGCCGGCGCUCAUGCCGUACUACCCGCCGCAUGUUCUCAUGCAGGACGUGCUCUCAGCCCUGCUGGACAUCCUCGCGCCGCGGAUCCGGCCGGCGGGCACGCUCUCGUCCAUGGCCUCGGGCGACCGGGCCCUGCUCGACAAGGUGGCCGCCGCCUGUCUGAACUACGGGCUCAAGCUCGAGCAUGUCGAGCGGGCGUCGGGCAAGGAAUACUACAACUUUGUGCCGCCAAUCCACACCAUGGCGGCCUUUACCUUUGCAAACUACUUUGCCAACCACCGCCCGCUGCUCUUUGGCGUCCAGGCGCUGCUUGUCGAGGCUAUCGCUGAAGUGGCGUCGGCGCGCAAGGCGGCAGCGCAGCGUGCGGCAGCGCCGUUCCUAGCCUCGCAGUCGUCGUCGCAGGCGCUGGGAACACCGGCCAAGUCGGGAGUGGCGGACGUGGCAGGAAUGGACGUGGCAGUGCCGACGCCGUCGCCGAUCCGGCGCACGGUCGCCCGCGACUUUUUCGGCCGCGAGCUGCCGUCGUCACCAAUCACACCGCUCGGCGGCGAGCCGGGUGACUCGGCUUCGGGCUCGGGCACCAAGCGGUCGCGGACCGGCAAGCCCAAGCGCAAACCGACGUCUGCCAUGUUCUACCGGUUCCAGGAAGGCACGACCAACGCGGUCCGGCGGACGUUCACCAUCAGCGAGCUGCUGACACACUAA